AUGAAUACAAGGUUGGCUAAAGUUGAAAGAGAUGUGACUGCAAUGAAGCAGCUUAUGAAUCUAGGUGAUGAUGAUGAUGAUAUGGUUGUCAAUGACACACCACCAAACUCUCCAUGUGAUAACCCUCCUCCACAUCCACCCCCAUCAUUAAAUCCUCCUCCACCGUCUCCUCCACCUUCUCAUCCUCCUACUCCCACUCCUUCACCACCUGUUCCUUUGAAUGUCGUCUACCCUAAUUCAUACUUUAAAGGGGAGGUUCCUCACGGAACUAAUAGUGAUAUCGUGUCUGAUGAUGAUCAGCUCAAUCCUGGAAAUAGGAAGGCUUACUCCUCACAGGGAUAUCAUGAAGCUGAAGCUGGAAGUUCUAUCUCUGAUGAUUCUUUAACAACCCCUCCCUUCACGAAAAGCAAACUCAUCCUUGAUAUAAAUGAGUUAGUUGCAACAUGGAGGUUUUCUGUUGGUGAAGUAAAUGAGAUCAUGAUGGAAACUAAUGCUUCUAUUCAACAAAAGAAGGAAGCUAGAAAAGAAGAGCAUAUGUCUGCCAAACUUGUUUAA